AUGGAGGAACCCCAUUACGAGUUACAUAAUGUAACUCGAGACACCUUACAUUCUCCCAGAGAGCUAACAGUAAUCAUUCCCAAAUGUGAUGAUUGGCUGAAUGGUGGAGAAAAGCAAAUUUUGAACAAGUGCAUAGGCAAUGGCAAUAAUAGCCAUUCUAAUUCUCGCAAGAGGCGAUGGAAUUCUUUUGAACAACCCGAAUCUCCAAAGAAAAUAAAGGCGCUAACAAAAGAGCGGGUAUCAAAUACAACUGCUGAGAACUCACCAACCGGAUUAUCAAAAAAAAUGGGAUCGUUGUCAAUAGAAAAGAUAUCACCCCCUUCUGUAUUAGAGCACUUUCCACAUAUUAGAGUGGUCAAAUCAACGAAAUCUUUGUCGAGGAAGUAUUUCGCGAUAACUGGGGCAUUCAAUGCUUCAUCAAAGGAGAAAACACUAUCCGUUACUGCCGAGAAUCCGCCUACAGCAGAAUUAUCAAAGGCAACGACAGAGAAACCUUCAACUCCUACCGUAAAACCUUCUUCUGUCAGAUCCUCGAGAACGACGAAUUCUCAAACAUUCAGGAAGACGCCGACUAUUAUCGAGGGGCAUCUCUCGACUCCUCCUGUUAAUGGAGUGUCGUCGACUUCUAUACUUGAUCAGGUUCCAUGGAUCCAACAAUUUUCACCUCUCGGUAUAGACGAGCUGGCGUUAGACCCAGCUAAAGUCAAAGAAGUUUGUAAUUGGAUUGACCUCUCCUUACAUAAAUCGAAUUAUACUCAAGAAGGUUUAAAAAAUCAUAAACUGCUUUUUAUACACGGACCAACCGGUUCUGUGAAGACAACCGCCAUUAAGGUUAUUGCCAAAGAGAAAUGUAUUGGUGUAUCGGAAUUUGAAAUUGAAUCCACGGUAUCUCAACUGAAUGGUCGUUACACCUCUGUUUUAGGUCAACUACAAGAGUUUAUUACAGCACAUUCUGACAGCCUGAGCAAGGAAACCAAGAAAAUGAAUAUGGAUACACAAAUUGUUCUCGUCGACGUUAACACUUGCUUUUGCUCCCCGAACGCAAAAGACAAGUUUAACGAAUUGAUAGAAAAGUGGCUUAGAAAAAGGACAGCCUACUGGCCCCUUGUUCUCACGUAUACUGACGAACUCAUAGUCAGCGAUUAUGAGACAGCCACCGG